UAACGUUUCAUUGAACAUGGGUAUCGUAUAUGUAAUUUCGAAUAAGAAGCUCCUAUAAAUCAAACCAAAAUAAAAUCACUAUCAAAUUAUUGAACUGUAUUGAAAAUAACGGCUUUCAGCACUCACACGUAUACAUACAUAUAUUCGUAUGUGCGUAUGUGCGUAUGUAUGUCGUACGUACAUAAAACUAAAUUGCGCGCAGUCGCAAUUCGAAUCAUUCUCCAUGAACUUUCGGUCGUGUGUGAGUGGAAAAACGGAAAGAGAUGGAUAGUGAAUAAUUAAAACAUCGCUAGUAUCCCGACACAUGUGAACGGUGAGUUCAGUUGCAGAGCACACCACAAACCACGAUUUACCAGUCGUCUUAUUUCAUUCAAGUCUGUACAGCUAAGCUGUCAAAGUUUUCCGAAUUUUUUUCUCUCUUUCCAUCAUUUUUAAAUAAGGAAAAGGUUGUUCUCUGCCUAAAAAGAUUUGCUGAUUAAAUUCAGUUAGCAACACAAUAUAAAUUUCAUCAAACAAUUUCAAAUAUGAAAAUAAGCAAUCUGUUAUCUGGGUUCUCCGCACCUCAGAAGAUAACCUGUGACGGAUAAUACAUUAAUCACCCAAUAAGAUCACAUAAUCAAAGAAAGGAGAAUACGUAAAGUGAGAACGCUGACGAUUUGCAUCAUAAACAUCUUUGCCGAUCCGUCAGAAGAGAAGCAAUCCCAUUUUGGAGUUAUAUUGCUACUUACUUCUUCUAUCUUUUCGAAAAUCAAAAGCAUUGAUCGAGUCAGCGGGUGAAAUUUUCUUUGAUUGAUUUUGAACAUAGUACAAACUAUAAAUAUUUUUUCAUUCCGAAAAAUUUACGUUUCUAAUGGAGUCUACCAACAUGCAUCAGAAAAAUGCUAAUAAAUAUGCAUUGAAUCUCAUCAAUAUUUAAUCCUUGCUUAUUUGUUUAUUCAUUUCAUUAAUUUCGCCAUAACGUAUUCAUUUCAUAAUUGCUUCUACUUCUUUUAAAAAAUUGAUUCAUAUAGAACUUUAUCAUCAUUAUUUGUCUCAUUAAAUUUUUUUUCUCAUCAAUCGUCACUUGUUGAUCAAGUGGAAAAGUUUUCAUUUUCAAUUCAAACUAAUACAAUUAAUACAAAAUGUUAGAAGAAUAUUCGGCAAAUGUUUUGUGGAUAGUUAUUUUGGGUUUCAUAAUUGCAUUCAUUUUGGCAUUCGGCAUUGGUGCAAAUGAUGUUGCAAAUUCGUUUGGCACAAGCGUUGGCUCCGGCGUUCUUUCGAUUAAAUCUGCGUGUUUGUUAGCUACAGUAUGCGAAAUAUCUGGAGCCAUUUUAAUUGGUUACAAAGUAUCAGAUACCAUGCGGAAAGGCAUUCUUGAAAUAAACUUAUACACUAAUUCUGAGACCGAAUUGAUGUUGGGAUUCGUUUCUGCUUUGGCGAGCAGUGCUCUUUGGUUGUUAAUGGCUACAUACUUCGCAUUACCCAUCUCCGGUACGCAUAGCAUUGUUGGGUCAACAUUGGGAUUUUCCCUGGUCGCACGCAAUACAGCGGGUAUACAAUGGUUCACAUUGGGAAAAAUUGUCGGUUCUUGGUUUAUUUCACCCGUUUUGAGUGGAAUAAUGAGUGUUUGUCUCUAUUGGUGUAUCAGGACGAUGAUUUUGAGAUCAAAAAACCCACUGAAAGCGGGUCUUUUUUCAUUACCUCUCAUCUAUGGCCUCACAACUUUUAUCAACGUCAUAAGCAUUGUUCUGGAUGGACCAAAAUUGCUUUACAUGGACAACAUUACAGCGCCAUACGCGAUUGCGAUUAGCUCUGCUAUCGCUUUAGUUGUUGCAAUAAUGGUCCAGUUAUUCUUUGUCCCAUGGCAGCGGCGUGAAAUUACUGGAAAUAAUACUGAUGGUGGUCGAGUAAAAUUCACAAUCAAUGAUUCGAGUGAGUCAACACCAAGUGGUAGUCCAAAACGGAACCGACGUCCAACAUCUCUGGUUCAAUCAGAUUCAAAUACACUACCUGCAAUCACCGAACAAACAGAAUUGGCUUCUUUCAACAAUCUAAAUGGUUUUAGUCCAUGUUUCUAUUCUAAUGAUAAGUCACAACAAAACAGCGAUAAAAGUCCUUCACUAGUCAACGGAAGCUACAAGAUUGAUCCCAAAAUUAUUGAGAAGGCAGAAAAUCUUUUAGGAAAGCAUCGCAGUUUAGAUAACACCGACUUAACUAUUACCAGUUUGAACUUCAUUGAUAACGAACACCAACAGAAUGGUUAUUUGCGUGCAGGCAUUCAAUCUGAGCCACUUCAAAAUUAUUUUGACCAUCAACUAAAUCAUCAAUUUUCACCGGGCUCGAAGCAAGGCGAUGAUAUCGGUUCAAAUGUAACAACGAAGACCUGCAGUGAAAUUGUUAUACCCAUAUCCACAGCUGUUUUUUCGGGAAAAAUUCUAUCUGGUGAUAGAAUCGUCAGCAACAACAACAACGAAGUACAAAAUAAGGGAGAUGAAAGGAAUGGAAUAGGUAAUGUUGUAAAUAUUGAACAUCUUGAAGCAACUACUCUUUCGCCAAACUCAAGCAAGGUACCGCUAAUAUCCUCGAAGCCUGAAGAAAUGACAAAAGUAGAUGAGCCCGAAGAUGUAUCGAAACUUUUUUCGUUCCUUCAAAUUCUGACCGCCACAUUUGGUAGUUUUGCGCAUGGAGGAAACGAUGUGUGCAAUGCCAUUGGUCCAUUGAUAGCUCUAUGGAUGAUUUACAAGGAAGGCACCGUUAUGCAACAAUCGGAAACACCAUUCAUCAUUCUUCUAUUUGGUGGAAUUGGUAUUUCAAUUGGUCUUUGGGUCUGGGGACGACGUGUUAUUGAAACUGUUGGCAAUGACCUAACAAAAAUCACACCCUCAACAGGCUUCACAAUUGAAAUCGGUUCUGCUCUCACCGUCCUUUUUGCUAGUAAAAUUGGCUUACCAAUAUCGACAACUCAUUGCAAAGUGGGUUCAGUUAUAUUUGUUGGCUAUGCUAGUUCACCGCCUUACACAAAUGAAGACAAAGCGGCUGGUCUUCUUCCGCCAAAACCAAUCGACUGGGGACUAUUUCGUAAUAUCAUUUAUGCUUGGGUUGUUACAGUGCCAAUCGCCGCAGCAUUGAGUGCCAUUUUUAUGUUUUCGUUGAGAAAAUUGGUACUUUAAGAAGUGACGCUGAUCUUUUUCAUAAUAAAAAGUAUGUAAUUUCUAUAAUAACGCUGAAUAUUUGUAUAACCUUAGAUAUUCUAUAUUUAAAUUUGAAAGGAAAAAGAAAACAAACCAUUUCAGAUUGAGUUUUAUGCUCAUAGCAGAUAUUUUCACAUACAAAUUUAUUACGAAAAAUUACAAAUUCCAAUAAGUAAUACAGUACCGUUAUGGCUAUAAGUGGGCCAAUUUUAUAUUGUCAGCAGUAUUCAUUUGAUAAUGAUUGCCACUUCUGUCUUAAAUUUCUUCAUUUCCUUCACUAAUUUUCAUUUUAAGUCUGUGUUUCGUUCGGUUAUAUCAGAUAAAUAAUUGUUUCAAACCAAUAUUUAGUAUUUCAAUUUUGUUUACCAUCAUUAUCAUUUUCAAGACUCUAUGGAGACUUUUAGAUAAGUGGAUAGUUUUAUUAUUAUGUUCUUCAUUGAAUUCUAUUAUUCAUUGUGAUUAUUGAAAAUAUUUGAGUCGAAGGAAUGUUACGUCAUUCGGUUUUCACUGAUUUGACAAAUUUCGUGGAGAAAUUAUUAAAGCUGCUGCUGAAAAGUUUCAGCUUACCUUUUUUGACCCCAUUAAAAAUAAAUAAAUUUGUGUUAAAUAUGA